AUGGACGCGCAGCGACCAAUCUCUCAGAAAUUGCCCGCGGGGUUGGCAGGGGUCUUGAAUCCAGAUGAGAACCGCGACUCGGCCUACUUCUCUAGCACAGAUGCAUCCAGCAAGCGCAACGUCCUCAGUCCCACCGGCUCAGGCUACCAGUCAUCGUUGGCCGACAAGACGCCCUCUCCCGUCACCGCGAACCUAGUACCCCAAUCACUUGUGUCGCCCGCGAGUAACAUGAGCGUCGCCUCCAUGGUCUCGCCGACGACACCCGGGAGUGCCGAUCCGCGUAGAUUCGAACGACCGACAUCCUUGAACUCGGAUCCGCAACUGCUUGCUCAAGACUUCGGCACCGCUUCACGCAGAGAAAGUGUCGACAGCAGGAUAAACCAGGGUUUUCACGAGAUGAGGCUGGGCGGAAAUUCCCCCUACGCAAGUCACAACCAGUCGACAACGUCGAUUCAAAAUACUCUUAACCAGCAAAGGAACCCGCGUCAGGGUCUGGACAAUCUCUCGGUACACCGCAUCUCCAACGGCUACCAGCCAAGUAAUGACAGAAAUCCUGACCCUAAUCCAAAGAUCAUCCGAACCGCACCCGCCAUCACCGGACCCGCUACCAGCAACAUCGCGAGGGCUGCCGAGCCGACUAAGGGCCAAGCUUGGGCCUUCCCGGAGGAGGAGAUUCAGCGAAUCGGGCCUCACGACGCCUACCUUGACUCCAGACGCAGUAGUGUUGCCGAAUCCAUCGCCAGCAGUCAGUUUACCACCGAAUCGAGAUUGCCCCCGGGCCAAAGACGCUUGGACGAGCCUACCGACUUCAACAAUCGCCUCUCGAGCACGUCAUCCGAUUUCCCUCCAGUACACCACCAUUCACUGCAACAUAAGCAGAUCGGAGAUCUUCGCGAUGACGACGCCGCCUCCAGAACAGGAGCUCAGCCCUACAGCCGUACCCCAGAGCUGCGCAAGAGCCAUAAAUUGGCAGAGCGAAAGAGGAGAACGGAAAUGAAGGAAUUGUUCGACCAGUUGCGAGACUUGAUGCCCCAAGAGCGGGGUUCCAAAGCUUCCAAGUGGGAAAUUCUCACAAAGGCAAUUUCUGAGCACCAGCGUAUGGCGGAUGUCAUUCGAAUUGUCCAGGGACAAAAUAAUACCGUGAUGCAGGAGAACGACGCCAUGCGACAGGACAAUCAUAACCUCCGAGUUGACAUUCAGCGGCUCCAGGGUGAACUGCACAAUCUCCGAAUGCAACAAGCGCCAACAGGCCAGGCUCCCCCACAAGCCCAAGUACCACCGCCACCUCCGCAAGCACCUUAUCAGACAGAUCCCUACGCAAGUCGCCGCGAGCUCCCGCCUAUUAGAGGGCUGAACGGCGCGAUUCCCAAUGGGCCUGACUCUAUGACCGGCGUACAGUACGAAGCACCUAGAGUCAACGGCGGGUACCGUCCUGCAGAGGCGAGGCAGUCCAUUCGUCGCGCAGCCACCCGCGCCAGCUUGACCAGCGCCAUCUCGGCCGCUGCGUCCGCCGCGCCCAAGACGCAGUCCAUCGCCUUUGCCCUGCGCUCCGCCAACGCUGUGAGAUGCUUCUCCGUUGCCGCCCCGAGGGCCUUUUCCCGCUCCAUCGCCUUGUGCGAGGAGCAGCAGCAGCAGUCGCAGCAGUAUGCGUCCGAGGGCGCGAACCGUCCUCCCCCGAGUGAACACUGCAUCUUCAUCCAGAACUACCCCUUCAAGGUCUCCAAAGACGAGAUCGCUGAGGCGUUUGCCAAGUUUGGAGAGGUCGUUGGCGUUUCGCAGCCUCCCAGGAAGACGAAGAGGAGAACGACGAAGAAUGGUUUGCUGACAUGGCUCGAAUGCAGUUUCUGCUUCGUCUACUACAAGGAGGCGGCCUCCGUUCAGGAGGCUGUUCGGGAGGUGGAUGGCACCUUCUGGCAUGGCCGUCGCAUCGCCGUUAAGGAGACCGAGGCCAGGGCUCCGAACGCUGAGAGACGCUCAAGGCCCGAACGUCGGCCCGUAGACAACAACGCCCCGACGGACACGCUCUACGUCGGAAACUUGUCCUUCGAAGCCACCGACGCAGAGCUGAACGAGCUUUUUGGCGUCUUCCAGAACGUCAAGGACGUGCGUGUGGCGGUCGACAAGAUGACGGGCUGGCCUCGCGGGUUCGCCCACGCGCAGUUCCACUCUGUUGAGGCUGCGCAGGAGGCCAGAGCCGCGAUUGAGGGCAAGGUUCUCCGCGGGCGUGAGGUCAGGGUCAACUUUGCGGUCAGCAAGCAAGAAGAAGACCCCAGAGCCAACAACAACCGCAGGGCUCGCAACGCGCGGGCCAGGGAGGCCGAAGGCGAUGCUGCUCAGGCCGAGGAGCAGAAGAAGCACCAGACGAACGACUGGGACGCCUAA